CUCCAAAGGAACGAUAGUCUACAAAAACGGCAAACGCCUUACACGGAAGGAUGGAGUGGUUGGCGCAAAGAUCUGCUUCGCCGUGUAACAUUCUUAUUUCGGCCAUGUGCACUUUUUGGAACGCUCGAACCAUACGGUUACUUAAUUAGUUUUGCGUGCGGUAUCAUAUCAUACCCGCAUGAUAGAAUAAAGCCCGUCGAGAACCCUAGCCCCCUGCCCCUCGGCGGAAAUACCAGUGUGGAAGGGAUAUGUUUACUCAAUUUUUUGUUUGAUAUCAUACGGUAUCAUGGAUGGCUUGGCUCGCUUUAUUUUCUGCAUAUCAUACUGUACAUGUACAGGCGCACUCUUUCCCCCUUUGGUUAGGCAAUGAGCCAAACCACUUGGCAGACCGAUAGACGUCGUUUUUCCUUUCAUCUCUGUUGGGUCUGAUUGCUUUCCAAAGUUAUCAUACUUUUUUGAGGGCCUCCCAUAGUCGUAUAACACUUGGGCCAGACGCACGGGACGAGCUCUCCGCUAAAUAUGUCUGAGGCGCAGGUGCCGUCAAGAUGGAAGUGUGCCGUAAUCCAACUCCACCCCGAGCCGAUGCAGCUGGAGGACAACUUCAAUCGUGCCCAGGACUUCAUCCGGAAAGCUGCUGAGGCGGGUGCUCGACUGGCGGUCCUGCCUGAGUAUUCCCUCACCUCGUGGGUCCCAGAUGACCCUGAAUUUGCGGAUGCGCACGUCGAUGGAAAGUACCUUUCCAAGUUCUGCGUAUGUUACCCUUGCAAAUUGCCGCUCAGUUGUGCUGGGCUGAUGUGUCUUGGGGGAGGGAUAGGAGCUGGCGAAGGAGUGCGAUAUCAAUAUUGUCCCGGGCACAUUCGUUGAGAAACAUGUCGACGGUGGAAAGCGUAUGCUGUACAACGUUGCCUACUUCAUAUCGAAUGAGGGAAAGGUAUUGGGCUCGUAUACAAAGAAGAAUCUCUGGUUUUUAGCUUUCUUUUAUCCCAGCAGCUAUGAACUUGACUGAAAUGUGGAUAGGCAUACCGAGAGGGCGCACUUAGAAGCCGGUGGAGACAAUCCGCAUACAAUUUUGGAUACUCCGAUUGGAAAAGUUGGUCUCUUGAUAUGCUGGGAUUUGGCCUGUACGCCACCACUUCCUGCUCGCCUCGGCGAGGAAAUUGCGUGUAGAGAGGUUGACCUGAGGCACAGUUCCAGAAGCAUUCCGGGCACUUAUAAUGCAGGGCGCAAAAGUCAUUAUAAUUCCCUCCUUCUGUAAGAUAUUUUCAACCACCAUAGCAUAACACUUCUGGUGAUUAAACAGCUAAGCAUCAUCUGGGGGAAGGGACAUUAUUGGACCUGACAGAACCCGCAUUACGAUGGAACCCUAAGUCCGAGGCUAUAUAUCUUGGAUCCACUGUAAUAUCACGCGCUUUUGAGAACACCUCGUGCAUCGCUUUCGCGAACGUUGGUGGGCGAGAGGACUCCGGCUUUGCUGGAUUGUCACAAAUAGCGAUGCCUCUGAUGGGGGAUAUUGCAAAGGCUGAGGGCACUCACGAACAGAUGAUUAUCGGGGAGGUGGACAUGGAAAUUCUUCGGGAUGCGGAGGAGAGUUAUAAAGUGCGGGAGGACAUCUCAAGACCGGAUUUCCAUUAUCCUGUGCACGGGGAUUUCAUGCGCAAGCAAUAG